AUGGGGACGGACGGAUGCGGGAACAGUUGCGUCGGGCGUCGUCUCGUCACUUUGCGGCAGUUGAGACUUGGCGGCAGCGGUCCCUUCCCAGAGGCGCAGGCAGCGGCGGAUGCAAACAGUAAACUUGGGGGCGUGUUCUACCCGUUGACAUCGAUGCGCCUGAGUUGCGUUGCCGGCGUUCUCGCCUUGCCCUUUCUGCGGUACCGACGCACAACUCGUGUUCUAGCUGCGGUGGCACACUUCGCUCUGCGACACAAAAGGUGGAGAAAACAGCAGCCGCGGCAGCAAGGCAAGCAGACGGCAACGUGGAGACCAACUUUCCCUCUUUUGCUUAUUGCCUCUUCUGGAGACCGUGGGGUGAGGUUGCGUGAGCACCGCAGCCUUCUGGGUGCUUUUCUCUUUUUCGCGUCUCUACCAAACUGCAGUUUUUUUCCUGUGGACAUGGAUUUGUUCUUCUGCACUCCCUCCUACCUUCCUCUUUGCCCCGCCUCAAUCUCGCAUGCCCGCCGUUAG